AACUGUACAGGACUGCAAAAGUUAAUCCACCUUGUCUGCAGGGAUCAGACAUGGCGUUUCAACAUGUGGUCUACCGACACUUUCUCUUUCCUUCACUGCUUCUGUUUGUGAUCCUCACUCACAAAGGAGGUCUGGCCAUCAGUCUGCGGAACAAGACAACUAGUCAGAGUACAACUUAUUCCAAUGAGGGGCGUGCGGAGAAUGCAGUAGACGGCAAUCUAAUCACCAUUUCACAUACGAGUAGAGUUCCGAAUCAGUGGUGGAGAAUAGAUCUUGAGGCUAUCUACUGCUUGAAGAAAAUUACAAUAAUCAACAGAGUUGAUAACUUUGGUGAGCGAUUGGCAGGUGCUGUGGUGCGGGCUGGUUUGGAUCCAUCAGAUUUCUCACAAAACACACAGAUAGGAGAUGCAGUCACAAGUUCUCAGGCAACUGACGGAGCAGUGAUUGAUUUCAUCGCGGAUCCCAUCGUCUCCGCUAGAUACGUCAGUGUGAAAAGAAAUGCAAAUGGUUUUGUGUGCUUGGCCGAAGUCAUGGUGGAGGAAAUCCAAGACACUGAGGAGACUUCCACUGCUGCAGAAAUCGGUGUAGAUUUUACUCUGGUGGCCAACCCCGCUCGUCUUGGCCAGAUAGGAGACGACAAUGCAGUCAUCCAAGCUUACAAGGGUCCUACGUAUGCCUCCGGUGGGAUCAUCUUCGGCAGGCAACUGACCACAGGAGGUAGCAAUGUCGAACUACCAGCAGGAUCGAUGGUUGUGGAUGAUCCACAGACGAUAUGUAAUGUUACACUGUCCAGUACGUUACCUGCAACAGCUGGGAUUGACCGAACGGGUGUCUUCUACGCUCAAGCUCUCAAAAAUGAAAACGUGAACAGGAUACAGACAAUCAUAUUGAACAAAGAUGACGGCACAGUCCAUACACGACCUACACAGCGAACACAGAUUGCCAACAUCGGAGAGUCGGUGACACUACAGAUGGAGAAUGUGAAUUCACCUGCUAACAGCAACUACAGAUGGAGGCAUAAUGGCGGUGACGUCAUCACAGCAUGGAACAACCAGCUCAGUGUGUCUAUCAGUAAUGUCGGUGAAGCUGAUGGAGGAAUAUACAGCUGCUUCGUCUCUGGCCAAGAAAGUCAACAGCUUCAUGGAUUCAUGAGACUUAUUGUGAAAGGUUGUGCUGCGGGUAUGUGGGGCCAGGAUUCAUGUCAAAACACCUGUCGUCGAUGCUACAAUGGAGGUAUCUGUGAUGACAAGACGGGAACGUGUAUCUGUGCUCCAGGAUUCAGUGGAGAAUAUUGUCAUCAAGUUCACGGGCGUCACGUCUUUGGCCAGAAUGCUAGUCAUACCUGUUCUGAUAGCACUGAUCCACACAACGACGCUUGCCAGGGUCGCUUGUUUUGUCUUCCUGAUCCUUACGGAUGCUCCUGUGCUGCUGGGUAUAUGGGACUAGACUGCACGCAAGAAUGUAGUGCGGGGAAGUAUGGAGCCGACUGUAAGCAGACAUGUCACUGUCCAUCUGGAGAUUCCUGCGUGAAGGAUACAGGAGAAUGUACUGGAAAUUGCAUACCACCAUAUUUCGGAAGUAACUGCCAGUGUUCAACUGAUAAUGUCGUUCUGGGACUGAAAGUGAUGCCAAUCGAUCGAUAUCAACUACAAGUUUCCUGGCAACCAGAUGCAUGUGUCUCUGCCUACAUACUGGAGUAUGCAUUGACAAACAGGGGCCAAUGUGAAGAGAUUGAAUCUCCACAGCGGGUAUCACUUCCAGGUCCACUCGAUGGUCAAACUACCAGUCAUGUCAUCACUGGUUUGAUAUCGUGUUCCACCUAUAUGGUUUACAUUCGCCCUCAGUACAAUGCUGUGCGAGGACCCGAAGUGUCGACAUCUGGAACCACACUUAAACAAGAUAAUCCAUCCGUUUACCCUGUAGUGGUGACUUCUUACGAUUCUGCCAGUGUCACACUCAGCUGGCGUGAGGUGUACUGUGCAAAUUACUCCGUCCAUUAUGCACUGAGAAACAAAGAUGGUUGCCUACCCAUUAACCCACUAAACUUCAUCCAGCACUGCAUGUGUUCUGGAACCAAUUCGACCGUGAUACCUGGUCUGUUUGCCAAUUCGAUGUACGAGAUACGAGUCGCAGCAUACGUGGAUGGAAGCUCUGGACCAAUAUCACAACUAAGUGCUGUAACCGGCACUAAAGUACCAUCUGCACCACCACAGCAAGUUACCGUCAAUUCAAACAAACGCAGCCUGACUUUCUUCUGGAGUCAGCCACCGUGUGGAAGCCGAGGUGGCAUCAUCACAGGCUACAUGUACAAGCUAAGUGGACCAGGGUCACAACUCAUCUUAGAUGUAUCGACAGCCGAACAAGUUGAGAUAGAUGGCUUAAUCCCCUUCACAAAUUACAGUUUUCAAGUUUCCGCAAACACCAUUGCUGGGGCCGGGCCUUACAGUGGUGUUGUCGUUCAGAGAACUGCUGAAGCAAACCCCACAGUACCUUUGAAUGUCGUCAUUAAGAACGUUGAUGACGUAUCCAUCACUCUCCAGUGGUCAGAGCCCGACCCUCCCCAAGGAAUCAUCACUAAUUACAACAUUAGGUACUGGAGGAGUGGACAGUCAGGAAACCCAACGGUUAUUAACGACGUGGUGCAAUUGGUGCAUGAGAUAACGGGCCUCGAAGCGAAUGUGACAUACUUCGUGCGGGUGCAAGCCGAGACGUCGGUUGGUGUGGGACCCUGGAGUAAUGAAGUAACUGCAGUGACCAGAAUACGAGAACCUGGACCCAUCCAGAAUCUUUAUUGGACAGACAGAACUGAAUCCACAAUCGCCUUGGACUGGGAGCCGCCGCUUAAUCCGAAUGGACAAAUACAAAGAUACAUAGUGGAGUACCGAGCGACAGACAAGCCUCAUCAACCUGGUUUCACUGCACCUGACGAAUACGAAAAGAAUCAAGUGGAGAGUCCGCCAUUUGUGAAAGACAAUCUGGAGCCUGGUACAAAGUAUGAGUUCAGAGUGGCAGCGGAGAAUCAGUUGUUCAUAGGACGUGAUGCAGUCUUGGAAGUUUAUACCAAACCACAAUCAGAUCUUCCUGCACCGCCUCAACCGAUUUCAUACCAAGACGACACCACAGAUACUACCGUCACUAUUGGUAUAACUACCGCAGUAUCUGGUGAUGACUUCAUUGAAUCGUACGUCGUUCAUGUCAAGAAAACCAGGUCUUCAUCGGUCAUCAGGAGAGAUGUUCUUAUUCCAAGUCAUUUCGUGGAUUCCCCCAAUGACUACAUAGCAGCAGAACUCCCUAAAGGGGGUGUGCCCGAUAAAUUUGUAGUGGGGGACACCAAAAUGUACGGUGGUUACUAUAACGCCCCGCUGCAGACGGGUGCUGUGUACAACAUUCGUGUUGGGUCUGUCAGUAAGGGCAACGAAUCGGUGGCCAAUGUUGAAUUUUCAGAGCCGCUGACUAUCAAAGUUGAGCAAGCGAGUUCCAAUUCAGGGCCUAUUAUCGCUGCUACUGUACUUGGGAUUGUCGUGUUCAUCUUGGUUGUAAUUGUCGUCGUCGUAUUCAUCCUGUGGAAAAAACGUAGCACGGGUCGUUCACAAACUGCGACAGACGAACUGGUUCUCUCUGAAAACCCAAGAUCUAAAAUCAAGAAAAUGGAGUCACUUAAUGAGAACAACACCGACCCCGUUGUCUACGAAGAUAUUGGGCUCCUUCCAAGCUGGGCGUCUCAACUGGAAAUCAAACGGGGGAAUUUGAUCAUCGAUGAUGAGAUUCUUGGUAAGGGUAACUUUGGUGAGGUACGCGCAGGAGGCGUGAAGAUUAAAGGGAAAGUCACCAAAACAGCCAUCAAAACAAUGAAAGGGAGUGUUUCAGAAUCUACCCGGGAUGAUUUUCUGAAGGAAAUACAGACAAUGGCAGGCAUUCAGCCCCAUCCCAAUGUCGUUGGUCUACUGGGUGCAUGCAUGCACGAAGCGAUUAUAUACGUGGCGCUUGAGUUUCUACCUAAUGGCAACCUCCGGGAUUAUCUGAGGAGUACUCGCCCUAAGCAGCAAGGGGCAACUGGCUCUCAAGAUGAUGUGUCGCCGCUGACUUCUUCCAACCUGCUCAAGUUUGGUCUGGAUGUGGCCAUAGGAAUGGAACAUCUGUCCAACACGGGGAUAAUCCACCGUGACUUGGCUGCAAGGAACAUCCUUCUCUCUGAAGAUCUGACUGCCAAAGUGUCUGACUUUGGCCUUUCCAGAGGAGAAGACAUCUAUGUCCAGAAAUCCUCGACAAGGAUUCCCGUUCGUUGGUUGGCCAUCGAAUCUUUGACGCGUCGUGUCUACAAGUCCAAGAGCGAUGUGUGGUCCUUUGGCAUCUUGCUCUGGGAGAUUGUGACGUACGGAUCCACCCCAUACCCUGGUAUUGAGAGCAAGUCACUGGCCCAAAGACUGCUGGAUGGAUAUCGCAUGCCCAAGCCGGAAAACUGCGCUGAUGAAAUUUACGAUGUGAUGUUGAAGUGUUGGCAGGAGCAACCUAGCAAGCGACCCAGUUUCAGAAAACUGGUUGAAAUUCUGGAGGACAUGAACCGCAAUCCGGAUGCAAAUGAUUACUUGUCACCAACUGUCUGCGAGAAUUUCACCAUCAAGCCUGAGUUUGACGAUAACUAGAUGAAUGUGAUGAUCGCUCACAUGCCAGCUCAGCCAAUCAUCGCCAGGUGCUGGCGCGAUAUUAAGCAAAUCUAAUCAAUUAUAUGAAAAAACUCUAGAAUUAUGGAAACAUUGUUCUGUAAUUUUAAAUUUCAUUGCAAAUCAUGGACGAUGUGCUCAUACCAAUGAUUUUAUGCGAUACUAAUACUUCACUGUGUUACCUAAUGUCCUACUUUGAUGUUUUUUUUUAAACUUCAAAUCCAAAGAAAACUCAACAGGGGUACACACAAAUUAUAUACUGUGUUAUAAACUUUUUUCUAAGAUAUAUAUGCAUAAAGGUCCCAUUUUAGUUAAAUUGAGUAAUAGUUAAACUUAACAACGGAAACAAAAUAAUAAAGUAAAAAUUAUAUCAAGUUAUUUUCUUGUAAUACAAUAUCACUACAUAGACAAGAAAAAGACAAAAAAUUAAUAGCCGUAAAAUUAUAUAAAGAUAUUUUCUUGUAAUACAAUAUCAUUACUCAGUCAUAUUCCAGAGUAACGUAUAAAGCGCUGAUGUUAAAAUCGUGUAACUUUAUAUUUAAUAAAGCAAAUUUAUAACAAUUUACACUGUCGACAACAUCUUGGUUUGAGAAGGAGAAAUCUUUUCUUUAGAUUCAAACAAAUAUCACGGCAUCACUGAUGAGCGGAAUAGGGAUGACACUAGUUUGAAGAUUCUGAAGUAUUUUUCAAGACUUUAAUUUGAUCCAUUUUUACCACAUUUUCUUAACUUGAACUCCUUUCUUUUAAAGUGUUUUUUCUUUAGGGCUUCCAUCGAAACACAUCCGGUUGGGAAACCUCGUUUUUUAAUUUAAAUUUGUUUUGAAAAGCCACUUAGUUUUCGUCGUGUGUUUAUUACAAUAUUGAGGAUUACUCAGACGCUAGUUGUGUAAAAAAUCCUAUCAAAAAGGUUGCUAUAAAGACAGUAAGUUUACUCGAAGCAUGCAUAGUUACUCUCAGUCUGACGUGAACUGAAGCCAGGACAAAUCAGUCGAUGUUUACUGAUA